ACUUAUGGGCUGCCAUCCCGAAACUCUACGGGUUCCAUUCGUGCAUUAACCCUUCUGAUUCUGACCUGCUCAACAGAAAUGCUGGCAAACGCCGACGCAGGGACUCACCAGGCCGGAGGAACAGGAGCAGGAGCAGACGCAACCCCAAGCGGUCUCGAACCUACACCGGCACCGUGGAGAACAAAUUCUACCCUAAAAAGGUCUACGACACAUUCUCACCCGAACAAAAGAUGGAGCUCUGCGACCUUCGGCAUGCCAGCGCAAAUGAAUAAAGCGGCCAGCGCUGUCGUUCGUCGUCCACCACCAGCACUGACUCAAGCCCAAAAGCCUUGCCGGUUUCGUUCCACCAGUCAUGCCUGAAUGAUUCCGGGCGUUGUUUCUCCAAGUCUCCAACCACAGUACCUACGGUACCGUUCUGGGCAACCGCACUACCUAGAAAGUAAUAUUAUACUACUAGUAGUAAUUGUUGAUACUUUUCUUGUAACUCCUACUUUCCUGUACAUGCGUACGUACGAGUACCCGGUACCCUUCAAGUUGUCGUUCGCGUAUCAUCUCGUACCUCAUACGUACGAUGUACCUUACUUUAGUCCCAGGUACGUACAGAACGAUAAGAUGCUACGUACGUACCUAUUGUGCCUACCAGUAUGGGAAGCCCACAACAUUAACCCUUCAAUAGAAAUGUUCUUGUGGACAUCAACAGACCAAACAAUGCCUCCCCGGUAGAUCGGUAUGCACCUCGCCGCCAGAUCCACAAGACGGACACGAGAGUACCGCUGACGACAAACGAACCCCCCCCCCUCCCACCGGCAACCCUGCCCAGACCUACCGGCACGAUGGACCCGGACGGCGGCCGCAUCAACGAUCCACCCGGUGCCGUUCCCGACGGGUUUUCCGUCUCGGAGAACGCCGUCCCGGAGGAAUCCUGGGAGCGGAUCCGCUCGUACCUCGGGUUGCGGAUCGACCAGAGCGGCAGGGGGCUGCGCAUCGAGGGGCCGGGUGCCUCGGGGAUUCCGUGGGAGUCCACCCCCUUUCCACAGAACCGACCGGUGGCGCAGUUCGGCUUUCGGUACGACUACGAGAAGAGCGCCGUGGCCGCGGGCAUCGGUGCCGGGGAAGCUCCGAUCCCGGGCGUGCCGGAGCUCUUCCGGGAGCUGCUCCUACAGCCCUACUACGACGAGACGGAUGCGGCAGGCAAGGGCGGAGAAGACGGCGCCGACGAGAACGGCUUUUCCCAGUGCAUCGUCAACGUGUACCUUCCCGCGGCUCCGGAACACGCCGCGGGCAACCCGCCGCCGGUGGUCCCACCUUCCAUUAACGGCUCCGGCGGGAGCAGCAUACCCUGGCACGUCGACGAUCCCGCCUUUGGCCCCGUGAUUCUCGUCUUUUCGUUCGGUGAUGCCCGCCCGUUGUGCAUGCGGCUGAACCACGGCGAGAACGGCGGCGACCGAGGGAAGGGUCGGAGCCACUCCUGCAGCGACGGUGCCGGCUCCCGUUCGUAUUCGUACUUCACGGCCCAUCCGCCACACCGGUCUCGGUACGUCUUGUCGGAGGCCGCGAGGGACCGGUGGGAGCAUUCGGUCCCCCCCGGGCCGGGCUGGAGGGUAUCGAUCACGUUUCGGACACUGGCACGCGGAAGCGUAGCCCAGACGCAACCAUGAGCGAGGCGAAGGCAGAACAACGGAGCAAAAGCAAGGAAAACACGAACAGAC